GUGACGUCACGCCGAGGACAUGAGUAAUAAGAGUAAUCCAUAGCCGACUCUUCUGACUGGUUAUUGUGACAGUUAAGUUAAAUCUGCUCGAAACUCGGUUAUAUUUUCAAGAUUUCCAAGCAAUUAGCGUUUUUUAACUUCGUACGAUACGCCGGAGAUGUUUUAGUUUAAGUUCUGAGUCGUUUAAAUGCAACGUUUUUAUGGUUAUAAUCAGCAUUUGUGUGAUCCACUUUCUACCUAUUCUUUAUAAGAUACAAUAAUGAUAAAAAUGGAAACGGAUAAAGUCAUAGGAGAUACAAACAGUAACUCGCAGUAUCCCAUGACAAUACUGUAUGACCCCGCUCGGAAAAAGGAACCUUCAGCUACAUUCAACACCGAACGAGACACCUGUAUAAAAUAUUUCGAAAAAUGGAGCGAAACCGAUCAAGUGGAAUUCGUCGAAAACCUUUUGGCUCGAAUGUGCCAUUAUCAACACGGUCACAUCAAUUCGUAUUUAAAACCAAUGCUACAAAGAGAUUUUAUAUCUUUAUUACCAAAAAAAGGUUUGGACCAUGUAGCAGAAAACAUCUUGUCAUAUUUAGACGCGGAAAGUUUAUGCGCAGCUGAAUUGGUGUGUAAAGAAUGGUUUCGAGUUAUAUCUGAUGGAAUGUUAUGGAAAAAAUUAAUCGAGCGAAAAGUUAGAACAGAUACUUUAUGGAGUGGAUUAGCAGAACGGAGACAUUGGUAUGUCAAAAAAAAAAUUAUAGGUUAAGUUUUAACUGUCACU